UUACGAUCAGUCAGCUUGAAGUCAGACUCAGAACCGUCAAGUUAGAAGCAGAACUUCAGUGAAUCACUGUUAGUUGUUAAAAAUCAAAUCUAUCUCUUAAUAAUAGUUCAGUCAUGGCAGAUGUGAAGAUUGAAAAAACUGACUCCACCACCGAAAAGCCAAAAGUAGAUUUAGGUCUGCUCGAGGAAGACGAUGAAUUCGAAGAGUUUCCGGCUGAUGAUUGGACUGGCAAAGAAGAAGAUGCUGACGAUGUCAAUGUCUGGGAAGACAACUGGGAUGAUGACAACGUUGAAGAUGAUUUCAGCCAGCAAUUGAGGGCUGCUCUGGAGAAACAAGGCAUUAAAAUGGAACAGUGAUCAUUAAAAUAACACACCCAUUUUAUUGUACCACUGUUCACUUAAAAAUUGAAUACAAUACUGUCUCUUUUGUAUUUAA